UCAGGAAACACUGUCUUUAUCUGACAGAUGUGGCUCUCCUCAAACCGCGUGUCGGUUCUGCUGCGGCAGAAGUCGAGCAGAAAGUUCUACAGCAGAGCCCGGUUCUCCAGCUGUGAGUGGCAGUUACAGUAGAGGCAUGUAUGAAACAGGGAGGUGACCAGCAGCAGCAGAAUAGCUCCUCUAUGAACGCCCCUCACAACUCGCUCAUGUGAAUCACAUUUUCCACCUUCGGCUCGGCGCGCUCUCCUCGCUCCUUCUCCGGGCCCCGAGGACGACAUGAACCGAAAAGUUUCCCUCGUCGCUCCGUCCGGGCAGCACCGAACCGAGCCAGAGGAUCAGUAGCAGCCGACAGGAACGAAAACUUUCAGUGGGGGUAAAGGACGAUGAGGGCAGCUGACGAACUGCCAUGUUUAAUCAUCCCAUCUUAUCCGAGGAGCUAAAACGAUCCAAUCAUCGCUAAUUAUCGGACACGGAGCAGAUUAUGGAUCUCCAGGUGAUCGUGUGGCUGGUUUACUGCAUCCUGCUGCCGUCCACCUUAUUAACAGCUUGUCUUUUUCGAUUCAACUUGCUGUCGCUGGUUUACUUUUUUUAUCUUCUGCUGCUGCCAUGGUUCCUGUUUCCCAACAAAUACACAAUCAAAGGUCACACGGGUCGAUUUAUCAGAACAGUGUUCUGCACCAGCCUCCUGUUUGUACUGUCUCAUAUCUGUUUCCAGACAGUGCUGCACACCUAUCCUCCCCUGGACAUCGCUAUAGGCGAUAAUUGUUCACAAUGGGAUACCAUAAGCAGACACAUAGGAUUAUCCAGGCUUCCCUUAGAGGAUCCAUGGAAUGUCAUUCGUCUCUUAUGUCCAGAUGUAGGCGUGUGUGUGGUGUCCCUGGUGACGAUUGUCCUCUGCAGCAAACUGAUCAAGAACAGAGAAAUGGUGGCUGCUGCCAACAUUACAUCRCUAGAACAUUAUUAUGCGGAUAAAACAUCAGAUGCCGAGGACGAUGAAGAGUCAUCAGGUGAUGAUGAUGAGGAGGAGGAGGAAGACGAGGAAGAGGAGGAGGAGGAGGAGGAAGAGAAGUCAUUUCCCGGUGACCCUGAUUCGGUUUCUCCAGCAUCCAGAGCCAAGCAGCUGGCUGAGCGUCUGAAAGCCUCGGCCCGGAAGGUUCUGUGUGACCUGGGGAGGAUCCUGGCUAUCAUCCUGCUGGGUUUAGCCGGAAUCACGUUGCCCUCAGCCUUCUCAGCCAUCUACUUCCUCCUUUUCAUCGGCGUGUGCACGUGGUGGGCUUGCCAUUUACCAAUCAGCCAUCUGGGUUUCAAUGCCAUGUGUGUUAUGGUGGGCUUUUUCACUGGCGGUCACAUGAUCUGCCUAUACUUGUACCAGAGCCUGCUGGCCCAGGCCCUGUUCCCCCCACACAGCUUGUGGGCCAGACUUUUUGGCCUGAAAGACAUCAUCAUACCUGGAAACUGCUCUGCACCCGAUGACUUCAACGUUAAUGCCGAUCAUACGUGGCCUGUUUUCGUCAACCCGGGAAUACUUCUCUUCCUCUAUCUAACUGUGGCUGCCGUCCUCAAAACAGGAUUCCACGCAACACCUAGCAAUACUGAGCAGCAUCGUGAAAAAAGAGAAGAGCCAGUGGAAGAACUGGUAGAGUUAAGAACAUGGAAUGAACAAAGAGACAGUUGUCAGGAAGACACACAGAACACCCUUGUGUCCAUGGACUCAGAAAUUCAAGGAGAAAAUGUGGCUCAAGAAAGUCCACCAGAAACAGGUGUUAAUGAGGCCCACUUUGGACAGCUGAACGAGAGCCCAUUUUUCCUGCUGGGCAGGGUGGUCAUGCAGCAGAGUUACGUCUGCGCUCUCAUAGCCAUGAUGGUUUGGAGCAUCAUGUAUCACAGCUGGCUGACGUUUGUUCUGCUGCUGUGGGCUUGUCUCAUCUGGAUGUUGCGUUCCAGGCGGCAUGCAGCCACACUGUGUUCUCCUUUUAUCCUGCUGUAUGGCCUGGCCCUGUGCUGUCUGCAGUAUGUCUGGGCCAUGGAGCUAGAACCCGAGCUGCCCACCAUGGUGGGAACUAUGAGUCUUAGACAGCUGGGACUGGACAAAGCCCAGUACCCCUGCCUGAGACUUGGAGCUAUGCUUUUGUUCACAUUAACCUUCUGGUUGUUGGUACGCCAAUCAGUGAAAGAAAACUUCAAGAGGAUGAGCAAACUGGCCACACCACUACAGGAAGUCUCAACUAAAGAAGAAGCGGCUGAAAGUGAAUCAGUGCUGAAAGUUCUGGGAAGAAAAGUGAUGAGCUGCUACGCUAAAUACUGGAUCUACGUGUGUGGAGGGAUGUUCAUCAUGGUCUCCUUUGCUGGAAAACUGGUUGCGUACAAGAUCAUCUACAUGUUGCUCUUCCUGCUCUGCCUCUGUCUGUAUCAGGUGUACUACUCUCUUUGGAGGCAUCUGUUGAAGCUCUUCUGGUGGCUCGUUGUGGCCUACACCAUGCUGGUGCUCAUCACCAUCUACACGUACCAGUUUGAAGACUUCCCUGGAUACUGGAAGAAUCUAACUGGUUUUACAGAUGGACAGCUUGCAGCUAUUGGUCUGGAGACGUUUGCUCUGUCUGAACUCUUCACCAGUAUUGUGAUCCCGGGUUUCUUCCUGCUGGCCUGUAUUCUCCAGCUGCACUACUUUCACAAACCCUUCAUGAAGAUCACUGACCUGGACCAUGUAAUUCCAGUCCGCAAAAGGAAGAAUAAAGAAAGAGCUGAAAGAGCUGGCUCUGAUAACGAGAGGCUGAACGCUGAAGAAGAAGAAGACAUGUUAACAAACACUGAUGACAAAUCUGAAGAUGAAGUGGAGUUGACACCCAGUAAAUGGGGCCUAGUGAUGGACAGGUUACUGGUGUUGUCCAGGAAGUUCUCCGACAUCCUCACCAAAAUUCAAGGGUUUCUCUGGAGGAUUUUGGAGCUUCACAUCCUCAAGAUUGUGGCCUUUUUCACCGUGUGGGUGGCACUCGCAGAGCCGUCUGUGAUGAAUCUGGUUCUGGUGGUGUUGUGGUCUCUGGCGAUGCCCUUUUGUCGCUUCAGGCCCAUGGCGUCUUGCCUGUCGACAGUCUGGGUGUGCGUCAUCAUCGUCUGCAAAAUGCUUUACCAGCUCAGCGUUGUGAACCCUGAUGAGUACUCCCGCAACUGCAGCUUGCCUCUAACAAAUGAAACCAGCAUGUUACCAGAAGAAGUUAUGGACUCCACUCUGUAUAAAGAACCAGUGGAUCCAGCCAAAUGGUUUGGGAUCAGGAAAGAUGCCACAGCGCUGGGAUAUAGCAAGAACCAUUUGAUAGUGCUGUUACUGCUGGUGUUUGAGGCAACAGUGUACCGUCACCAGGCUCACCACUACAGUCAGAUCCAGCGAUCCCCCCCACGUGUGCCAGCGCUCUUCCCCACUGCGACUAGAGACACGUUAGAUGAUGGCCUCAUUCCCUGCUUCAAGUACCUGCUCAAUUACACCUUUUACAAGUUUGGACUAGAGAUCUGUUUUCUGAUGACGGUGAACGUGAUCGGUCAGCGAAUGAACUUUCUAGUGAUUAUCCACGGCUGCUGGUUGGUGGCCAUCUUGGUGAGGCGCCGGCGUGCAGCUAUCGCUAAGAUCUGGCCCAAAUACUGUAUUUUCCUGUCUAUCUUCAUGAUCUACCAGUACCUGCUGUGUGUGGGCAUACCUCCUGCUCUCUGCAUUGAUUACCCGUGGAGGUGGAACACUCAGGUUCUGAUGAACUCAGCUCUCAUCAAAUGGAUCUAUCUGCCUGACUUCUACACUGUGCCAAACUCCAAAAACCUCAUAGCGGACUUUGUGCUGCUGAUGUGUGCGUCCCAGCAGUGGAAGGUGUUUGAGUGUGAACGGGUCGAGGAGUGGAUGGUCCUCGCAGGGGAGAACACGGACGAGCCUGAUCCGAUGGAAGGUCGACUCUUCAACCCGGCGCCGAAUUUCAUCAACUGCAGGAGUUACCUGGACAUGGCAAAAGUUCUGGUGUUUCGUUACUUCUUCUGGUUUGUGCUCUCGGUGGUCUUCAUCACAGGGGCCACCAGGAUCUCUGUGUUUGGACUGGGCUACCUGCUCGCUUCCUUCUUCUUCCUGCUCCUAGGAACCAAACUGUUAGUGAAACCAUCGAGGACUCGCCUCAUCCUGUGGGACUGUCUCAUCAUCUACACCGUGGCAGUUAUCAUUUCUAAAAACGUGCUGUCUAUCCUGGCCUGUGUUUUUGUGUUUGAAAUGCAGAAGGGAUUCUGUUGGGUAAUUCAACUCUUUAGCUUGGUUUGCACAGUUAAAGGAUAUUAUGAUCCUAACGCUGUGAGUUCUGAACCCUGCAGCCUUCCAGUGGAGGAAGCAGGGAUUCUGUGGGACAGUUUGUGUUUCCUCUGUCUGCUGCUGCAGAGGAGGGUCUUCCUCAGUUUUUAUUUCCUGCACGUGACGGCAGAGCUGCAGGCUUUUGCUAAACAGGCAUCAAGGGGGUUUGAGCUUUUUAGAGCCAGCAUAAUGAAGAACCUGAGGGCCCACCAGCAGACUGAGAAGAAGUCCCUGUCAAGUCUGAAAAAAUCGAUGCAGAGAAUUCGCUCCAAGCAGCAGAAGUACAAAGAAGGAAAGAAAACACGGGAAAGUUCCACUGAAAGUCCAGAUUCUGGAACUCCAACAGAGAAGACUAAGUCCAAGAAGAACUGGUACCAGCCGUGGGUUGAUCAUGCUACAGUCAUCCACUCAGGAGAGUACUACCUGUUUGAAUCUGACAGUGAGGAUGAAGAGGACCUGACUUCUGAAGACAAGAAACUUAAGGAGCAAACUGCCUCUCAGUUAGCGUACCAGGCAUGGGUGACCAGUGUGAAAACAGCUUUGAGGGAACGCCAGAGACACCAGAGAUACCUGAAGAAGCUCAGGAAAAAGGAGGGUCAAGAAAAAAUGGAAUCAAGACAGGAAGCUUCUUCUCUGAGAGGAUGUGAGGAUGAUAUUUUGGAGGAGGAGGAAGAGGAUAAUGAGGAACAAGAGUCUGUUCACGGUGAGAUGGUUCAGAAGAUCCUGGAUAUUCUGUGCUUCUUGUGGGCCAUCAUUUUGGCCAUGGUGGACGGAUUGACUCGGUGGCUUAAUCUGCUCACGAAACAGUACAGUGAUACUUCCACAGUUCUGUGCAACGAGCGCUACUUCAGCAUACACAAAAUAGAGCAGUGUAAUGUAGCAGCCGGCGCCAGAGACGAUCAGGCCUCUCAGACCAGUGAAAUAUCCACACUUGAUACGUUCUUGGAUGAAACAGAUGCAGAAAGCUCCAUCAGAAACAGCUCCACACAAAGUAGAGGUGUGACGGACCUUUCAAGUCCCAGACAAAACAGCAGUGCCAAUCUCCUGACUGUAGAAUCCCAGUCGAGCAGUACUGGGUUACAUCCAAUCAAACCACACAGACACUCCAGAACAGCCAGUGAGAUCCUGUCAGACAGGCAUUUUUUCAUCGAGGAGCUGGAGCAAAGCAGAGAGUUCUUCAACAACCAGAACCGUCUGCUGAAGCUGCUGCUCUCCAUGUACACCGUGCUGUCAGCCAACUCAGAGCUCGUCUGUUACUUCAUCAUCGUGUUGAACAACGUGGUCAGCGCCUCGGUCAUAUCGCUGGUCCUGCCCAUGCUCGUCUUCCUCUGGGCUAUGUUGUCCAUUCCAAGACCAACGAAGAGGUUUUGGAUGACUGUUAUAGUCUACACAGAGGUGAUGGUGGUUCUGAAAUACAUCUUCCAGUUUGGAUUUUUCCCCUGGAACAGUGUGUAUGAGAUGACCCUGAAUAAAGACAAGCCUUACUUCCCACCACGCAUCUUCGGCUUGGAGAAAACCGACAACUACAUCAAAUAUGAUCUGCUUCAGCUGCUGGUUCUGUUCUUCCAUAGAUCUCUUCUGAUGCAAUACGGUCUGUGGGACCACGAGGGACCCCUGGAUGAGAAAAGCACUUCAAAGGAGAAAGACAAAAACGCUAAAGAAGGGAAGGAAAAUGAGGAGAAGAAAAAGGAAAAAGAAGAAGUGAAGGGGGAGGAUUAUACAUUUAGUACUUCGUCCACCCUGGAGGACUUGGACAAGCUUGAAAAGAACCCGUUUGAACAGGAUGAUGAAGACUACGUUGAACCGACUACCAGCUCAGUGGCUACAUCAGUGCACCCCCUUGAAGCUGAACCAGACACUGCUGAGUCCAGAGAUGAGGAGGGAGAGCAUUCUGGGAGGAAGAAUGGGGAUCCUGUGAACAAGGAGGAAGGAGACGACGAACAAGCGAACAGGGAAAGCCCAAAGAGAGGCAGCAGCAUCAGAAGCCGGAAAAAAACGAAGAAAUCGAAAGAAAAGCACAUCAAAGAACCUCCAGCUGAAUCUGCAGACACCAGCGAGGAGCAGGAGACAAAAAAAGCUAAACGCAGGAGGACAGAGGCCAGGCUCCGAUUACUGGCAGUGGGACAAAAGAUUCAACAYGUCUUGUCGUCAGGCUUCCAGAGUGUAAAGCGACCGACUCAGGGUUUCUUCAGAAACAUUGUCCAGACUGAAUAUCGGGCGUCCACAGAUGUUUACGCUCUGAUGUUCCUGACUGAUGUCAUCGAUUUUGUCAUCAUCAUCUUUGGUUUCUGGGCUUUUGGGAAACACAGCGCAGCAGCCGACAUCGCCUCCACUCUGUCCGAGGACCAGGUACCUGAGGCCUUCCUGGUCAUGCUUCUUAUCCAGUUCAGCACCAUGAUCAUUGACAGAGCCUUAUAUCUACGCAAGGCUGUGCUGGGAAAACUCAUUUUUCAGGUGAUUCUUGUGCUGGGGAUCCACAUCUGGAUGUUCUUCAUCCUUCCUGCUGUCACUGAGAGGAUGUUUAAUCAGAACUUUGUGGCCCAACUCUGGUACUUUGUAAAGUGCAUUUACUUCGGCCUGUCAGCCUAUCAGAUCCGCUGUGGUUACCCUACCCGCAUCCUCGGCAACUUCCUCACCAAGAAAUACAACCACCUCAACCUGUUUCUCUUCCAAGGGUUUCGUCUGGUGCCAUUUUUGGUGGAGCUCCGAGCGGUUAUGGACUGGGUUUGGACCGAUACCACACUGUCUCUGUCAGACUGGAUGUGUGUCGAGGACAUAUAUGCCAACAUCUUUAUCAUAAAGUGCAGCCGCGAGACAGAAAAGAAAUACCCCCAACCUAAAGGGCAGAAGAAAAAGAAAAUUGUAAAAUACGGCAUGGGUGGACUCAUCAUUUUCUUCUUAAUCUGCAUCAUCUGGUUUCCCCUUCUUUUCAUUUCAUUGGUCAGAUCAGUGGUGGGCGUGGUUAACCACCCCAUUGACGUCACGGUCACCGUCAAACUGGGAGGUUACGAGCCCCUGUUCACAAUGAGUGUGCAGCAGCAGUCCAUCAGACCCUACACCGAUGCUGAAUUUGACCAACUCACCAAAUAUUUUGGAGACAAUGCUGUAGCCAUGCAGUUCAUCACGCUGUACAGCUGUGAAGACAUUGUUACAGCCAACAUCGAAGGCAGUUCUGGAUCCGUUUGGAGGAUCAGUCCACCCAGCAGACAGGAAGUCAUUAAAGAGCUACUUGGAAGUUCAGCGGACCUCACGCUACGGCUUUCCUGGAACUUCCAGAGGGACCUGGGUAAAGGUGGAACUGUUGAACACACUUUUGGGAAACAUUCCAUCAACCUGGAGUCUGGAAACCCAGUCAGAGCUGAUCUGGCAUCCUUACUGAUUGGCAAUCGCACCGAGCCUGUGCGUGUUCCUGAUAUGUUCCCUAACUACAUCCGUGCCCCCAAUGGAGCAGAGGCCAAACCAGUCAGUCAGCUGUAUAAAGACGAUGAAGAGGAUUUCCUUGAUAUAACGCUGUCCCUGAUGAGCAACAGGUCUCCAAACAGCUCGGGGAACCAGGAGUGGUGGAACAUUGCCAUUGCAAACUGUGAGCCUUCUUCAUGUGACGUUCUACCGAUGAUCAUAUUCAACGACAAAGUCAGUCCACCGAGCCUGGGAUUCCUGGCUGGAUAUGGGAUCAUGGGUCUGUAUGUGUCUGUGGUCCUGGUCGUUGGGAAGUUUGUGCGUGGCUUCUUCAGUGAGAUUUCUCACUCCAUCAUGUUCGAGGAGUUGCCCUGUGUGGACCGUAUCCUGAAACUUUGCACCGACAUCUUCCUGGUGCGAGAAACUGGAGAGCUGGAGCUGGAAGAAGAGCUUUACUCCAAACUGAUCUUCCUCUACCGAUCUCCAGAGACGAUGAUCAAAUGGACUCGAGACAUCCACAUUAGAGAGCAGGACUGAUCAGGACCGCCUGAGAGAACAUGUUUACUCAUGGGGUGAAACGUGAUGGGAAAAAAAAAAGGCCCGACAGACAGACAGGGCUGUGGGAGAAUGUUUCACUCAAARCUGAUAAAGCCACAGAGACACUACAGGAGAUGUGGCAAACGUGCAAUGUGAAGCGCCUGGUCUUACUGAAWUAAUGCUGUUAUCUUAGAAGCUGCUUGGCCUCUUUGAACAAAUCAAACCCAGAACACUGUGGAAACUGUAGGCGGGUUGUGUGUCUGCUGUCCURUGGGAGACGCAACCGUCAGGGAGAACAAAUCCAGCUGUUUGUACAGGUYGAUUGUCAAAGACCAAACAACAGCUACAACUCGUUUUCAACUGUCUCUGCACCACCCAGGUGAGAGGGACCCUCACUGGUGGCUGGACUAGCAGCAGUGGCUUCAGUCAGUCCUUCUUUUAGAGCUUCAGUCACCACGUUCGUGUGUUUUAUGCAGAGUUUCUUCUUUUGCUGCAGGUGGAGGGGGGAUUUUAUUCAGCUGUCAGCAGAAAUGAAUGAUGCAGGUGCAGGUGAACUGAGUGGGAAUGAGCACAGGCUGCAGUGUAAAACUUGAUUUUUAUUUGCUGUAACUGAGGUUUGUAUAAAAAACGAGUUCAUAAAGACACCAAAUAACAAUCCCAGUAAGUAAACUAAACCUUUAAAUAAAAUGUUUCUAACAGCUGUGUCUUCAGAAAGAAUUAUUUUCUAAUUCUCGCUGAGACUCAUUUUUCCAGCUCAGCUCAUAUUAAUGCCAAUUAAAACACAUCCUAGCUACUAUCAUGACAGUCGUGUGUCUCAGUAGGUCUGCAGCUGUGCCAAACUGUUUCCAGUUCCAGAUGAUGAAUUAAACAGGAAAAAAUGUAUAAACAAAAAAAUCAAUCUCAUCACGCUAAUAUUGAUCUGAUAUGAUAUUUUUGAUACUUCGAUAGAUACACCCACCCCUAUCGAAGCAUGAAAACGAGCCAAUUUGUAGUUGUCUCGUCCAUUUUGCUGGCUCUAGCUUCUACAGAUACGCUGUCAAAUGCCUCCUGUAUGUCCAGGAAGCAGCCAAGCACAUAUUGUCAAAGUGCCAGACUGUUUUGUUCACAAAACAAUAAGAUGCAAGGCUGUUUCUGUAGAAAGACCUGUCUGAUACAUGUUGAUCUAUCAACCUCUCCAGUCCCUUCAGCAGAAGACAAGAGUUUCAUGCUAACCGUUUUAGCUAAAACUGAACUCCUCUCCUGGUUAGGAGCAGCAGGAGAUGAGCAUAUGUAAAAGAGUUGUUUAUUUUAAUGCAACAUAGUUUAAUUGUUCUAAAAAGGUUGAGGUGUGGAAUAAACWGUCUGGUUGGAGAUUGAUUGGGUGUGUGUGAACUUGUUUCUGCUACAGAGUGAGGACCAUCGCAUGUUUUUAACCAGGUUGAAGAAAAUUAUUGGGGUUUAUGUUACUUACUGAUUUAAUUACAUUACACAUAGAAUGGGUUGUUUUAUGGUAGAAUUUUAUGGUAGACUGUUAAAUGUGACUUUUGACUAACUUGAUGAUUAAUAGGUACAUGUCUGAUAACAAAAACAACACAUCUUGGAUUGAACUUUUAAUCAUCAGGAUAGAUUUCUUUGUAAGAGGGCAGGACUCUGACAAAGACAGGGCCCCUUUCACUGGUGACAUAAUCAAAAGGCGGAGUCCUGCCCUGAAGUGAAUGUUAAAUACUCUUGUUUUUUCCUGAUUGGGUCUGAUUUUCUGGUACCAUUAAACCGAACAUCAGCAGA